AUCAAUGCCAAUAAUGUUCCUACACCUCGAAGUCAUAGCGCAGCAGUGUUACUUCCAGAUGGUAGGAUCCUUUACAUCGGUGGUGUCAGUCAGACUGCUCCUGGAGAAGAGGCAACACCAAUAGAUAUGAGAUAUAUCCCAGUAUUUGAUACAAAUUCUUCAACCUGGUCGUCUGAACAAGCAGAAUUUGAGUCAACUCUUAUUCAACCUCGAGCAGGCCAUUCAGCCAAUCUGGCGGCAGACAAUACAUCAAUUAUCAUAAUUGGCGGGACUUCAA